CUGAUAAAGUCUUAACAUAAUUUCCUCCGGAGUUGGCGGUCAUUACCACCACCACCAUGGACUUCCACCUCCACGGCGGUUCCCCUUCUUCCACCUCCUCUUCCUCCUCUCACCACCGCCAACCCAUCUCCAAUUCCAACCCCACCAACAAUGGCCACUCCUCCGAUCCUAUGCACUCCUGGUGGGAGUCCAUCUCCAGAGCCCGCUCCCGCAUCCACCUUCUCUCCUCUCUCCUCCCUUCCUCUCCCCACCACGACCCUCUCUCCUCCCUCGCCGACACCGACCGCCCCGCUCGCUCCCUCCUCCUCUCCUCGUCCGCCUACUCCCUCCUCUCCUCCGCCCUCUCCGCCCCCUCCUCCGGCUCCGCCGACGAUCCCGUCUGCCACUGGCUCUACGACACCUUCCUCUCCUCCGACCCCGAUCUCCGCCUCGUCGUCCUCUCUGCCCUCCCGCUCCUCGCCUCCGUCUACCUUCACCGGAUCCACCACCCCGACUCCGAAGCUCCGAGUUCCCUCUCCGGCUUCGAGGCCGUCAUCUUAGCGCUCUACACUUCCGAGACGAAAUCGCGCAACGGCAAGGCAGUCACCGUCUCCAUCCCCGAUCUAUCGCAGCCGUCGCUCUAUCACGCUCCGCGCAACAACCCUAACUCGUCCAGCCCUAAUUCGGACCCUAGCACGCCUUCCAUUGGAGUUAUCUCGCCACCGCUGGAGCCGCAGAUGGCGGUUAAGUCCACCAAGCGCGCUUGCAUUGUUGGCGUCGCGCUGGAUUGCUACUACAAGCAGAUCUCGCAGAUGCCGAGUUGGUCAAAGCUUGACUUCUGCAAUUUUGCCGCUGUUUGGGCGGGCUUGGAUUGCCCCUGCGCUUCAGAGCUCGACGGAAAACCAGAGAAUUUUGUGGAGAAGAAUGAGGGGCGAUGGAGUGAGAACGGAUUUGGGGAUGAUACUAGGGUUGAACAAGACGAGAUCGAUCAUGUGGUGGAGAGUGUUAAGAAUUUAGAAAUCGAAAACGGUAAUUCAGCAGAAAUGAAUGAGGAGAACUUUAGAAUUCCUCUGCCAUGGGAAUUGUUGCAGCCUAUUUUGAGAAUUUUGGGGCAUUGUUUGCUGGGGCCUUUGAAUGCUGAUGAGGUGAAGGAUGCAGCGUCUGUGGCUGUGCGGCGCCUAUAUGCUAGGGCUUCACAUGAUCUGGCUCCGCAAGCAAUUCUAGCUACAAGGAGUUUGAUCCAGCUUGAUAAGGGGAUGCGUGAAGCUGCCAAUGCGGCGGCUGCCAAUGGUACUGGUUCGAAUGUUAACACUCCCAGUAAGGCUAAGAAACCCGAGAUGCUUUUAGUUUCCAAGUGAUUUUACUUUAUCAGAAUUUUCCUGUUCUUAACUUGCAUUUGGUGUUCGUUGUGAGAAUGUGUGGUUUUUGUGCAGAUUAUUAGUUGUUAUACUAGAACUAUACAUAUAGAUAAGAGUAUUUACUUUUGACGGAAGGUAAAGCACCAGAUUAAAGAGAUAUAUCAUCCUUCAUGAUGUUGUGUAAUAGUAUUAUGCAUUAUUGUUUA